GUUAUCUAUUUAUAUCUCAGCAAUCACAGUGUGCAUGAUAAAAUGAAUGGCAGCAAUGAGGAGGAGAAAGUUGCAUGUGUCUUAUCAAUUGUAUUUUAUAUUUAUUUUUUAUAUUUUCAGUGGCCACCUGUUGCUCGAAGGUAGCGAAGAUUAAAAAAGAAAAUUAUUAUCUAUACUUUAAUUUUAUUUUUCAAUAUUUUUAACAGGAAUUAAUAAUUAAGUCCUGGGCACUAGGUUGUGAAAUAUGUGUCAAUUAAACCUAAAAAUGAUACCUGCUAAUUGCUUUAUUAACGGAAGCAAAUCAUUUCAAUGUGCUUAAUGUGAUUGCAAAGAUAUAAAUAGAUUAGAAUUACAUUCAAUACAAAAGAAAAUUGAUCUCCAGAAUUGUGUUUCAGAGAGAGAGCUCGUAUUAAAUCACGUAGUUGAAGUAAAAUUACGUAGAUAUAGGAUCGCGCAUGCAGUUAUAUUAUUGUACCAUUUUAUCCCGUUGGUACUAUUUUCUUCAUUGAUUGUAUAAACUUUAAAUUUCACAAUAAAUGACAGAAAAUAUAAAACUUAUCACAUAACCCGCAUCACAUUAAAAUCGGCACAAACAGUGGAAGUCGUAAAAAUCAACUUUUAACCCGCGGGUUAUAUACUGGAAAAUACGGUAGCAAAUUGUAUCAAAUUCAGCCUUUUGAAGAAUUCUAUGCAAACAAACUAUUAACAAAGUUUCUUUGUGGUAUUGUUCGCAGUAUGCCUGCCAUUAUGGUUUUUGUGAAACUCAUGUGUGCAGGACUUUUGUGGGAUACAAAGUUGGAUGUUGUACUGUUCAUGUUGAUAGAUAAAAUAAUGUUGUCAUGAAUUCUCUGUUUCUCUAAUCUGAUUAUGUGCAUAAACUAUAAUCAUCUAUAAAAAAGGAUGAUCUGUUGGCAAUUUUUGUUAUUUUACAUUUAGCCAUAGCACUGUCUAUUUCAGGCAAAAUUUAUACUAAAAUGUCGAUUUUAAUCAAUGAUGGAAAUAUAGAGGAAGAUAAUUUAGUGAAAUGUGAUAUUGGUGAGUUUGUGAUUUCCGUGAAAAAGUUGAAGAAAUUUUGUGAGCCAAUAUUGAAAGUAUCUCAGUAUGGAAAAACAGUAUUACAGUAAAUGGGAAAGACCAUUGCAUUCUAUUUUUUGGAUGUCUUUAUCCUGCUCUAUUGUUUGGAUAAACCCAGUUUAUCUGCUUAUUAGUUGUCUUCUUCCAGUUCCACCAAUUAUGGUUAUCGAGUUUGUCCGCACUUGUGGUAAAAGAAAAGUUUUGAAUAAAAAAUAUGUUGAUUACUUCAUAAGAAAAGACGAAUCCUACCAACAGUUACUCAAGAAAGCAUCACAAGAGAAAUGGAGGGAGCAUUUAAAUACUUAUUUAGAUAUAUUAAUUGCAUUGCAAAGAAUGUUUUCUGAUAUGAUAGAUUAUUUUGAGUAUAUUCAUAGUGUCGUUACUUGGAAGAGACCCAAAACAUCCUUACUAUUUCUCCUUUCAUCCCUAGCAUUGGAAUUUUCAUUAUAUAUAUUUGAGAUGGGAACUGUUUUAUUUGCUAUUAUUCUAUGCUGUUUUAUUGUCAACAAAUAUUUAUACUAUGCUAUAAUUGGAAUGGUCUUAAGAAUAAGACAUCAGCUGGUUGCUUUGACAUUCAAACCUGUCCCUAAAUCACCAAGAGUUGAACUGGAUGCUGCUGAAAAUAAUAAAGAAUACACACAGAGGAAAGAGAAUGUGGCUUCAAUCGGUGGUGAUGAACUUGACUACAGUAGCAGUUCAGAAUCUGAUGAAGGCGAUUUAAGUGAUAAUAAGAGAGCCUCUUCAAUAAGACCGACUGGCAAUCAACCAUCAGCUUCCAUGAUGUCAAAGUUUAUACCAAGAUCAAUUCGAAGGAGGUACAUGAGCGCUGGAGUGUGUUCAAAUUGUGACCAACCCGCCUCCACUAUCUUGAAACGAAGGCGAUAUUGUCGACAUUGUGGUAACAGUUUUUGUGCGAAAUGUUGCAACACACGAGUGGCCAGAGCGUUACUUGGUGCUACAGCUCCGGCAGCGUAUCAAGAAAAGGUUUUGGUUUGUGAACCAUGUCGCGUGUUUCUCAUGAACCGCUUAAAAACAACGCCAACAGAGUUACUUGAUUAAUAGACAACUUUAUUGAGAUCUACCAUGCAAGUGAGUUGGGGUGUCAAGGUAAAGAACUCUAAAACCCGCGAUGAAAAAGCGAUGCUUCCUAUUCGUUUACACGGAAUUAAUCUGGAAAAUCACACUACAUCCAUACUUCAAAUUAAGAAUAACGAGUUAGACCUAAAAUGAAGCGUUCGAGUGAUGCUAAACUGGUACAAGGCAGUUAUAAUAGAUUUCUGUGUUGUAGAGAAAAGAUUAAAAAGCCAACAGCUCAUGCAAUGACACAACUUGCACUGUGGAAAAUUUCUGAAACAUUGUAUUGCCAGAAGAUAAGGGGGGAUUUUUUUUAUUUUUUUUAUUUACUUAAGAUCAUAUUUUUAAAUUUCAAUUAUAUGUAUUCAUGAUAUUUUUACUGUAAAUAAAAAUUCAUUUUUUAA